GCUAUACCCGGAUGAGUAAUGAUAAACUGAACCAGAUAAACUAUCUUUGCUUUCAAUUUGUUUUUACUCGUGAGCGAAACCAAAAGAGAAGAAAGAAAAUUUAAGAAAAUGGACGGACGACUUUCAUUUUCACAAAAGCAUGCUGUAGAACGCUUCAUUGGCACUGGUGCAAAAGAUUUCAAUCUGCUGUAUAGUUUUACACGUGAUGGUGCGGCUGCAACAACAUUUCAUCAAAAAUGCGAUAACAGAGGUCCUACAGUUACAGUCAUUUACAACACAAAAGGCACCAUUUAUGGCGGUUAUAUAGAGAAAAGCUGGGUUUCUGGCGGUGGUGGAGCCCAUUUCAAGGACGAAAGGGCAUUCUUAUUCCGCCUUACGGCUGAUGGAAAGGUCGCCCUUAAUAAGUUCCCAGUGAAAAAUCCAGAUAAAGCAUUUUACUGCCACGACCCUUACGGUCCAACAUUUGGAUCAGGUUAUGACUUGUAUGUAUUCAACGGAUCUCUGACAGCGCAAGGUACGCAGUACACACUCAAUGGAAGCAUGAAUAUGGGGAGUGCAUAUGACAUAGGUGGACUUUCAACUGAACAAGUGACAGACAACAUUAAAACUGUACUCGAUGUUGAAGUGUAUAGUUUAUCAGAAUCUCCUCUAGCAAACAUUUGGAGGGAAACGCCUGGCUGGGAUUGGAAGGAUUUGGAGGAUCUGAAACAUUUUGCUGCUUCUUUUGCCCCUCCACACGGCUUGGGAAUCGACAUGGCAAACAUUCUGGUUAUAGGUCCAGUUGGAGCAGGAAAGUCCAGUUUCUUCAACACUGUAGCAUCUGUUUUUCGCGGGCAUAUUUCUGACCAGGCUGUAUGUGGUAGUGCUGAGAAAAGUAUAACGUCAAAGUACCGGAUGUACCAUGUACGAGGAUCGCGAAUGGAAAAACCGCUGAAAUUUUGCCUGUGCGACACAAUGGGUCUAGAAGAAAGUCAAGGUUUAGACGCACAAGAGCUAACAUACAUAUUGGAUGGACAUGUACCUGAUGGGUACCAGUUUAACCCGACAACUCCAAUAUCCUCUGAAAUACAUGGAUUCGUCACUUCACCAACACUUGGAAACAAAAUUCAUUGUGUAUGCUUUGUCUUUGAUGGCAAUACAGCAACCAUUCUCUCAGAGAAAAUGCUGGAGAAAGUGAAGAGCAUGCAGGCGAAAGUGAGACAGAAAGGCUUGCCACAGGCAAUUGUGCUGACUAAAAUCGACAACGUCUGUUCCUAUGUUGAAGAGGACGUGCGGAAUGUUUACCAAAGCGACACUAUCAAGCAGCUAGUCAACAAAGUGUCUAACGUAUUUGGAGUCCCUCGCAGCUUCAUCCUACCACUGAAGAAUUAUGAAAAGGAGUUUGAUGUUAAGACAGAUGUAAGCAUUUUAGCAAUGCAAACCUUAAAGCGGCUACUGUUGUCUACGGAGAAUCAUCUCUUCAACUUCUUGGAUCAGUAUGAAAAGAAACAGACAUCGACAGACAGCUUGGAGUGAUUUACACAAAUCUCUUGUGCACGGAGCAAUUAAAUGAACACUUUGUGGCUUUUUAUUUGAAUGUGUACACUUUCCUUGACAGCCACAAGCUGUGUAAGCAAUAUAAUUACUUUUAUCUAUUACUUUAGAUAGGUUUUUUUGAUAAGUUUUAUUUUUUCAAAUUCCAUAAGGCCAAAUGGCCCUUAAGGACUAACAAAACAUAAUACGUGGCAGGACAGUGUUUAAUCGGAGAAGGUAUACGAUAAAUUGCAUAUCAAUUACAAACAUAUCAAUCAUUUAAGAGCACAUGAUAAUACAAGAAUAAUAUUAAUAAGAAUAAUGAUUUCAUUAAAGUCAUAUAAAUCAGUGCUUAACAGAACUUACUAGUGUCACAUUUUGAGUAUUACACAUGUUACAGAAUUUUGUCUUUUUACAUAUGAGCCGUGCCAUGGGAAAAUCAACAUAGUCGGUUUGCGACCAGCAUGGAUCCAGACCAGCCUGCGCAUCCGCGCAGUCUGGUCAGGAUCCAUGAUAUUUGCUUUUAAAGCCUAUGGGAAUUGAAGAAACUGUUAGCGAACAGCAUGGAUCCUAACCAGACUGCGCGGAUGCGCAGGCUGGUCUGGAUCAGUGCUGGUCGCAUACCCACUAUGUUGGUUUUCUCAUGGCAAGGCUCAAUUAUAUUUUUUGUAAAUAGUGGAUACAUGUAGUAGCCUUUACCAAUAAAUAUGUUAUAUUAUUGUUUUAUACUAAGAAGGUAAAUGUAGUAGCAUUCGGUCAAUAGAUAUGUUAUAUCCUGUAUGCUUAUACAAACACAUAUAUAUAUACGUCUUCAUACAUAUUCACAACAUAUGUACACAAUAUGUACACAAUAUGAAUGUUGAUCUUGCCGAAACGAAACACAAGAUCAACAUGUUAAUCAAACUGUAAAGUAUAGUAUCAUAGUUUUAUGAUAAUAUUACGUUAAACAAAAUACACUGCAAAAAUAUUAAACUAGGAUUCUUAUGGCAGUAUGCCUUAAGAAAAUACAAAUUAAAAUGACUAUAAAUGAGAGCUUAAAAUAUUAGUUGAAAGCGUAUAGUAUACCGUGUCUAGGCGUAUAUAGCACAUAAUUAUGUUCAUUUACUAAAUUAAUUAAAUAAUUUAUUUAUCUAUACAGACUACAGAACAAAAUACAUACAUCUGUAACAAAAGAGAGCAUCUAAUAUUAAGAAUCAUUAACAUUAUUUUCAUUGACAGCAGCUGGGUAUAACCUUUCUUUUCUUAAAGCAAAAGCCCUGUUCACAAACUUUCCUAACUUUCGUAUUAUGCAAACAUUUUCAGAAUUUAACAGUUCAAUAAAUUUUGGCAUAUUUGGUCUUUUCCAGUAAUACAUGGGAAUAAAACGUUUCCUUAGAUUAUUAUAUACUUUACAUUCCAAUACAAAAUGGUAUUCAUCUUCUAAAACAUCACAAGAAAGGCAUUUUCUUUCAUUAAGAGGUGUACUGUUUGGCUAAGUCCAUCUGCCAGUUUCAAUAUGCAAUCUGUGAGAAGAAACUCUUAACUUAGUAAGAUUUGUACAAAAACGUUUGAUGUUUAUACAAUUGAGAUAUGGUUGACACUUAAAAAUAGCAAUAUGUCUGUAGAAUAUAGCCCUGCUUGAAUUGUCUAACCUACUUGACCAAUUAUAUACCAACCGAUCUUUUAAUCUUUGUUUUACGUGACAUAAGAACAGGUUAGUGUUACAAACACUUUGCAUAAACCAUGCAUUAUAAAAACCUAAUGUACAUCAAAGAUUUUUUACUAGUGAACACCAGUUUGUUUUAUUUGAGUAGUUUUCACAAUCAUUUUUCAAUUAAUUAUUAAUUAAUUGUUUGUUAACAAAUUUGUUCUCAUUUGUAUGCAAUAUACCCAGUAUUUUAUGAUGUUAUAAUAACGCACUGACUGGAAAGAUAAUCUACCGAGUUCACCAUAUAUGAUAUCAUUUUGAGUAGUUUACUUAACACAUAAUAUGCGUU